CAACGGCUCACCCCGGAAACGGUAUCCCUGCGCCCACACAGACUCCUCCAGAUAGGAAGAUAAUGGUGGGCCGGAAGCCGAUGCGCCGGCGCCGCGCCGACCACCCGCCUCCGCCGCCGCCGCAGUCCUUCGGUGCCACGGCCCGGGCGACCUCCCCCCGCUCCUCCACCUCCGCCUCCGCCGUCGCCGACCUGGACGAGCUGCUCUACACGCCGUCCGCGUCGGAGCCCCGGAGCUUCCCGCACGCGGUGAAGCAGCAGUGCUGGGAGAAGGCCGAGAAGGUGCCUGGGCGCGACCCGGAGAGGUGGCGCCGCGACGCGCUCGGCAACAUCGUCUUCCGCAAGCUCGUCGGCUGCCCCGGCUGCCUCUGCCACGACUACGACCACAUCGUGCCCUAUUCCAAGGGCGGGAAGAGCACAUUGGAGAACUGCCAGGUUUUGCAGGCUACUGUGAAUCGAUCUAAAGGGAACAAUACUGAGAUAUCCAAAUCUGAACUAGCACAGAGAAGCUCAUAUUGUCGGGUUUCAGGACGUGAUAUGGAUCUUUUUGAACUCUCUGCCUUUGGGAAUGUUCGACGAGGGCCAGAUUCAGGGGGCUGCAAAAUCCAAUGAAGAAAUGAACAUAUCUGAUGUGAUGUUAGCCAGCUUUGAGCAGUUGCCUCGAAUCUGUGAAGAGAAAGCUUGGUUGAUGGUUGUGUCAAAUAGUAUCAGUUAUUUGUCUGUAAUUUGACACUUUGACUGAAUUAUCCAAGGAAAAAUAAUCUGCUAUUUUGCAGCCCGA